CGGCCGUUUUGCUCCUCCUCGUCUCGCGCUGCUUCCCUCAGACGUCGCUCAUUGAUGGUGCUCGUGCUCUUUCCGCUCGCUCUCCCACCCCCUCCCUUUCGCUUUAACCCCCGCUCGCGAGACCGGCGUUUCCCCUUUAGUGGGCUGUUUGGCAUCCUACCGGCUCCCAAGAUGGCGUCCAUCAUGGAGGGUCCGCUGAGCAAAUGGACCAACCUGAUGAAAGGUUGGCAGUACCGCUGGUUCGUGCUCGACUACAACGCUGGACUGCUUUCCUAUUACACGUCAAAAGAUAAAAUGAUGCGAGGAUCACGCAGAGGCUGUGUUAGACUAAGGGGAGCUGUGAUUGGUAUAGAUGAUGAAGACGACAGCACCUUCACAAUAACUGUUGAUCAGAAAACCUUCCAUUUCCAGGCUCGAGAUGCUGAUGAAAGAGAGAAAUGGAUUCAUGCUUUAGAAGAAACCAUCCUUCGUCAUACUCUUCAGCUCCAGGGUGUGGAGCCUGGAUUUGUUCCAAGUGUCCAAGAUUUUGAUAAAAAACUUACAGAAGCUGAUGCUUACUUACAAAUUUUGAUAGACCAAUUGAAGCUUUUGGAUGAAAAACUUCAGAACUGCAGAGAUGAUGAUCAGAGAAAAAAGAUUGAAAACCUCAGAGAAACAACCAAUAGCAUGGUCGAAUCAAUAAAACACUGUAUUGUGUUGCUGCAAAUUGCUAAAGAUCAGACUAAUGAGGAGAAGCACGCAGAUGGACUUAUAAGCACUAUUAAUCCUGUUGAUGCAAUAUAUCCACCUAGUCUCUUGGAAUCUUCAGUGAAUAGCACAAUGCCUACGCAAACUGUCUUACCUCCAGAACCAGCUCAACUUUGCAAAUCAGAACAGCGACCAUCAUCCUUGCCUGUUGGACCUGUGGUAGCAUUACUUGGAAAUAAUCAGACUCCAACACCAAAUAGUACAGGAAGUGGACAGUCGGCACCCAGCAGCAGUUUAACUUCUCCGAGCCACGUCAAUCUUUCUCCAAAUACAGUUCCAGAUUUUUCUUAUUCUAGCAGUGAAGAUGAAUUUUACGAUGCUGAUGAAUUCUAUCAGACUAGUUCGUCCCCAAAGAGAUGUUUGGACCCCUCAGGAUCUGGAACAAUUCUAACACGUAGCAACACUGGGAGUAGCAUGAAACGCCCAGAUACAGCAGAGUCCCUCAACUCUUCAGUGUCUAAUGGGACAAAUGAUGCUGAUCUUUUUGAUCCUCAUGAUGAAAGAGAUGAUGAUGUUGAAGGGGAGUCAGUGGAAGAACACAAAAGUGUUAUCAUGCACCUUUUGUCACAAGUUAGGUUAGGAAUGGACCUAACAAAGGUGGUUCUUCCAACUUUUAUUCUGGAAAGAAGGUCACUCUUAGAAAUGUAUGCAGACUUCUUUGCACAUCCUGAUUUAUUUGUGAGUAUUAGUGACUACAAGGAUCCAAAAGAUCGUAUGAUUCAAGUGGUAAAAUGGUACCUCUCAGCUUUCCAUGCAGGAAGGAAAGGAUCUGUUGCAAAAAAGCCUUACAAUCCCAUCUUGGGAGAAAUCUUCCGAUGCCAUUGGAUAUUGCCAAGUGCUGAACAAGAAGAAAAUAUGGAGACAAUUGCAGAUGGACCUGUUCCAUGGGUUUCCCCAAAUAAUGUGACAUUUGUAGCAGAACAAGUUUCUCACCACCCUCCAAUUUCAGCAUUUUAUGCAGAAUGUUCCAGGAAGAGAAUUCAGUUCAAUGCUCACAUCUGGACCAAAUCAAAGUUCUUGGGAAUGUCUAUAGGUGUUCAUAAUAUAGGCCAGGGGUGUGUAUCAUGCUUAGAUUAUGAUGAACAUUACAUUUUAACCUUCCCCAAUGGCUAUGCAAGAUCUAUUCUCACAGUGCCAUGGAUAGAGCUGGGAGGAGAGUGCAACAUUAGCUGUUCUAAAACAGGCUAUAAUGCUAACAUAAUAUUCCACACAAAACCUUUCUAUGGGGGGAAGAAGCACAAAGUAACAGCAGAAAUAUUUUCACCUAAUGAUAAAAAAUCCAUCUGCUCAGUUGAAGGAGAAUGGAACGGUACCAUGUAUGCAAAAUAUGCAACAGGGGAGAAUGUAGUCUUUAUAGAUACCAAGAAAAUGCCUAUCAUUAAGAAGAAAGUAAGAAAACUGGAAGAUCAAGAAGAGUAUGAAUCCCGCUGCCUAUGGAAGGAUGUAACCUAUAAUUUAAAGAUCAGAGACAUUGAGGCAGCCACUGAAGCUAAGCAUAGGCUCGAGGAAAGACAAAGAGCUGAAGCCAAAGCCAGGAAAGAGAAAGAGAUUCCAUGGGAAACAAAGCUGUUCCAUGAAGAUGGAGAAUACUGGGUUUAUGAUGAGCCACUACUCAAGCGACUUGCUGCCAGUAAAUAUUAAGCAGGCCAGGCCUGUGAAGUUCAAGCCUUGAAUUAGUGGUACUAAUUGUAAUGUUGAAAGGACUCUUCUUUUGGAGAGCCUGUCUCCUUCAGUUACAGUUCCUAUCUCAGGGAUACUGGACUUUCUCAUGCAGUGAACAAUUAAAACAGGAAGAGCCCUGACUGUGUAGCAGUAAUUUCCUGUCUUAUCUCCUGUGCUUCUAGGAGAAUAAAACCAAGGCUCAAGUUAGGCAUACAUACUAAGCAUUGCUGUAAAAGGUGCAAAGAGGCAUGUGUCUCAUAUAUAGGAUUCUGGCAUUUACACCAUGCAUUCACAUGGCUUCAUUUACUUAGAACUUGUUAAUUUCUAUGUUAAUACAAGGACUUCUUUUGCCAGUUUAGAGAACUCAAGAUCGCAUUUAACAAAUAAUAAUAAUGGUAGAAAAAAAUCUGGCAUUUGUUUCCCUCAAAAAAAUCUUUGAAUUUUUAUUAUAGAUUACCAUUUGAUUCUUGCAGAUGCAUCUAUAAUGCUUCAUAAAAUGGAUUUUCAAAAGUAUGAAUUGUUUUAUUGUAGACAAAAUCAUUUGCAGUCUAAAACACCUUGCUAUAAAGAUGUUCAGGACAAGUCGAUCCUGUUCAGCAGAGAUAUUAAUUUGGAAAAUUCAGUUACCCGUAUCAUAUACUGAUUUAUACCGUGAAUAACGCAGAAUGAAGACUUAAGUGAUCUGUUGCAACUAUAAACAGUACAUCUGUUUUCUCUUAAG